AUUACACGGCCAGGGCAACCAUAGUUUUAAUCGGAAAUGUGUUUGCAAAAACAACUCCAAAUAUGAAAGAACUCAAAUGGCUGGCUGUUUGCAUAACAUUAUACGCAGCCGCUGGAUCGGCACAAGAGGAGACCGACUACUGCGCGGAGCUCUCCACCCAAUCUUUGAGUAAAAUUCUGGGUCAGGCCUUCAAUCCCCGUUACAUGAGCAUCGAUCCGCCAGGUGAGCCCGAGGAGAAAAGCUACCAGCUGGGCUACAAGCGAUCAUCGUACGAGUUGCCGUUCUACGCUGACAGCGAUGUUAUUUCCAUCAGCGAUUUCGCCGCCUGGGAAACGAAUCACUUUGCGCUGGUGGGUAAAAAGGAAUCUCCGAAGAGCAAGAGUGUACGCACUAGAAGCGUCUUCAUGGAUCGGAUGAGCCAUUCGCGAAUCGAUGGAUUCAAGCAACGUCCCUGGGAGUGCUCAUCGAAGAUCAACUGGAUUGACUUAGGCUUAAAUUACUUUCCACGCUAUAUCCGUUCCAUCGAGUGUAUUGCCAAAAAAUGUUGGUACGAUCACUUUAAUUGCAAGCCAAAAUCAUUUACAAUAAAAGUUCUGCGCCGUAAAACUGGCUCAUGCAUUCGAAUAAACGAUAAAUUGAUUUUGAUCACCGCUGAGAAAUUUAAGAAUGAUUAUACGCAGCUAUGGAUUUGGGAGGAAAUAGCAGUUAACUUUUGCUGUGAAUGUGUCAUGCUAUAUUGA